UCCAAAGCAUUUCACGUGCUAGGGUGCUUGCCUGAGAGCAUCCGAGAGAGAGGAGAAUGACAUGUUUCUCAAACUUACUUAACUGUGGCAUGCUUUUAUUGAAGUUUAUCCCAUGGAGCUAGUGUUCCUUGUAAUGUGCUUUGGGAAACCAUGCAAGCAGAAGGGUAUGGUGCUCAGCUCUGCGUUUCAGCGAGAUCACCCUGGCCCCCAUUUGCAGGAUGGAUUGGAGAUGGCUCGAAAGGAGGAAUUGACACCAGGCUGGAGAUUAGCGUAACCCACGCAAGCCAGCAUGGCCUGGCUUCCACCCACCUCCCCGGUCUUCUCGGAGCGCUUGAAGCGCAGCCAGAAAAGCACCAAGCUGGAGGGGCCAGAGCCCGCGCCGGCUGAGGCCUCGCUCAGCGCCGAGCAGGGAACGAUGACGGAGGUGAAGGUCAAGACGGAGCUGCCGGACGACUACAUCCAGGAGGUGAUCUGGCAGGGCGAGGCCAAGGAGGAGAAGAAGGCAGUCAGCAAGGACGGGACCGCCGGCGAUGUGCCCGCCGAGAUCUGCGUGGUGAUCGGCGGCGUCCGCAACCAGCAGACCCUGGGGUCCUAUGAGUGCGGAAUCUGUGGCAAGAAGUACAAAUAUUAUAACUGUUUCCAGACCCACGUCCGGGCACACCGAGACACUGAAGCCACCUCAGGGGAGGGAGCCUCCCAAGGCAACAACUUCAGGUACACGUGUGACAUCUGCGGGAAGAAGUACAAAUACUACAGCUGCUUCCAGGAACACCGAGAUCUGCACGCGGUGGAUGUGUUUAGUGUGGAAGGGGCCCCUGAGAAUCGGGCAGACCCCUUCGACCAAGGUGUCGUGGCCACUGACGAGGUGAAGGAGGAGCCCCCGGAACCAUUCCAGAAAAUCGGGCCAAUGAACAAUAUUACAUCAGAAAUUUUUAAGAAGAAAGAAGUUAGGCAGUGCCAAAAGAGAGAAACCGGCAAUUACACCUGUGAAUUCUGCGGAAAACAGUACAAGUACUACACGCCCUACCAGGAGCACGUGGCCUUACACGCCCCCAUCAGUACCGCCCCCGGGUGGGAGCCACCGGACGAUCCAGACACAGGCUCUGAGUGUUCGCAUCCAGAGGUCUCCCCAUCUCCACGCUUCGUGGCAGCGAAGACCCAGACGAACCAGUCGGGGAAAAAGGCUCCGGCCUCCGUGGUCCGAUGCUCCACCCUCUUACACCGCACCCCUCCAGCCACCCAAACCCAGACGUUCCGCACUCCAAACUCGGGAUCUCCAGCAAGCAAGGCAACCGCAGCAGAAAGCGCUUUCAGUCGGCGGGUAGAAGGCAAAGCACAAAACCACUUUGAAGAGACGAAUAGCAGUUCCCAAAACUCCAGCGAAACUGCAAGUCCCCUGAUUUCCAACCCUUUCCCUCUCCUACAGAAGCCCUACACGUGCGGCGCCUGUGGGAUCCAGUUCCAAUUCUACAACAACCUGCUGGAGCACAUGCAGUCUCAUGCAGCGGACAAUGAAAACAACAUCGCCUCCAACCAGUCCCGAUCGCCCCCUGCUGUCGUGGAGGAGAAGUGGAAGCCCCAAGCCCAGAGGAACAGCGCCAACAACACCACGACCAGUGGUUUGACACCCAACAGCAUGAUCCCCGAGAAGGAGCGGCAGAACAUCGCAGAGCGGCUGCUGCGGGUCAUGUGUGCCGACCUGGGUGCUCUGAGCGUGGUUAGCGGAAAGGAGUUCCUGAAGCUGGCCCAGACACUGGUGGACAGCGGCGCCCGCUACGGGGCCUUCUCGGUCACCGAGAUCCUGGGCAACUUCAAUACGCUGGCACUGAAGCACCUGCCGCGCAUGUACAACCAGGUGAAGGUGAAGGUCACGUGCGCCUUGGGCAGCAACGCCUGCCUGGGCAUCGGCGUGACCUGCCACUCGCAGAGUGUCGGCCCCGACUCCUGCUACAUCCUCACGGCCUACCAGGCCGAGGGCAACCACAUCAAGAGCUACGUGCUAGGCGUGAAGGGCGCGGACAUUCGCGACAGCGGCGACCUGGUGCACCACUGGGUGCAGAACGUGCUGUCAGAGUUCGUGAUGUCGGAGAUCAGGACAGUGUACGUGACGGACUGCCGGGUGAGCACAUCUGCCUUCUCCAAGGCUGGCAUGUGCCUGCGCUGCUCAGCCUGUGCCUUGAACUCGGUGGUGCAGAGCGUGCUGAGCAAGCGGACGCUGCAGGCCCGCAGCAUGCACGAGGUCAUCGAGCUGCUCAACGUGUGCGAGGACCUGGCGGGCUCCACCGGCCUCGCCAAGGAGACCUUCGGCUCUCUGGAGGAGACCUCGCCGCCGCCCUGCUGGAACUCGGUCACAGACUCGCUGCUGCUGGUACACGAGCGUUACGAGCAAAUCUGCGAGUUCUACAGCCGGGCCAAGAAGAUGAACCUCAUCCAGAGCCUCAACAAGCACCUGCUCAGCAACCUGGCGGCCAUCCUGACGCCGGUGAAGCAGGCGGUCAUCGAGCUGAGCAACGAGAGCCAGCCCACCCUGCAGCUGGUGCUCCCCACCUACGUCAGGCUGGAGAAGCUGUUCACGGCCAAGGCCAACGACGCGGGCACCGUGAGCAAGCUGUGCCACCUCUUCCUGGAGGCGCUCAAGGAGAACUUCAAGGUGCACCCAGCGCACAAGGUGGCCAUGAUCCUAGACCCGCAGCAGAAGCUGCGGCCCGUGCCCCCCUACCAGCACGAGGAGAUCAUCGGCAAGGUGUGCGAGCUCAUCAACGAGGUCAAGGAGUCCUGGACUGAGGAGGCCGACUUCGAGCCCGCAGCCAAGAAGCCCCGCUCCGCCCCAGGAGAAAACCCUGCCACCCAGGAGGACGACCGGCUCGGGAAGAACGAAGUGUACGAUUACCUGCAGGAGCCCCUCUUCCAGGCCACCCCCGAUCUCUUCCAGUACUGGUCGUGCGUGACCCAAAAGCACACAAAACUCGCCAAGCUCGCCUUCUGGCUCCUCGCGGUGCCGGCCGUGGGGGCCAGGAGCGGGUGUGUAAAUAUGUGUGAACAAGCACUUCUCAUCAAAAGGAGGCGACUGCUCAGUCCAGAAGAUAUGAACAAACUCAUGUUUCUGAAAUCCAACAUGCUUUAAGACUUCCAGAUUGAAAAAAAAAAAAUGAAAGAGAGAAAGAAAAGAGAACGUUCAAAGAAGAAGGAAGAAAACACACACAACACUGUCGCAAACCAAGAAAAGGAAUUUAAGUUCUAAACACUGUGGACCUCAUUAUAAAUGCCCCCUGGAAACUUAAGUGCUUUUUUUCAGUGUGUGUGUGCAUGUGUGUGCACGGGCAGCUCUGUGCUCGUCUGCGUGGCUCCCGAAGUGUUGCACACACGUGCACACACACACUCCCCUGGUGCAUGCAUGCGUGCCCCCUCGUGGGCGUGUGUGCAUUAAACUGGGCGUGUCAGGAAAGCUGAGUGUUUGGGAAAGAGGGAAGACGCUUCACUUCCUUUUCUCAGUGAGGGGGCUUUAAAAGACUCCAUUUUCAGGUGUGCAGAUUGUACAAACUGAUGUUGUGAAAUGUUCAGGCAGCUGAGAUCUGAAGUGACUUGACGCUCUCUGUCCUUCACCCUGUGGUCCCCCUACUGCCCGCCACCCCCGCCCCCAGUCUUCCUGACCCUAUCACGCCCCACUCCUCCCCAGCUGCCCUGCCAUGGAUUCUCCAAACUGCAUCAGAUGGACAGCUUCUGCACUGGACUUUGUUCUCGUUCACCUUCAGGGCAUUGAGCUGCUGCCUUUACGAUACCCCUGGGUGUCAGGGGGCAGCCGCCUUAGAAACACACCUAUCUAUCUCCCCAAAUCAGGAAAGGAGACUUUUAAGAAUAUAAAGCUGACCUUUUGCUUUUUAAUAUAAGAGAGAAAAAAAAAGACAUUUUCAAAGAAGCAUAAGAUAACUGUCUCCACUCCUUAAUAAUUUUUUUCCUAACAUUUUAGCAGUUUUUGCCUUUUUUUUUCCAAUUUGAUUUAGACUCUGCUAGGAGGCACUGAAUGUCUAUAACUUAUAUUUUGGAGGGUUUUUUUGUGUUUUUUUUUUUUGAUUGCCCUUUUUGUUCCUCGAGUCACACUGUAAACUAGCUCAUCUCAGUGGUGUAUUCAGUAUCCUGAGGUUUUUAUCAACCUUCCCUGUACGGUCCAGUUUUCCUGUAUUUGAAACAGCCAAGACCGUGAACUUGGCUGUGCUGUUUGGAGACCAGGAGAGGUAUUGGAGUCACAGGUCUCACAGACGUGGGAUUUGGUGGAAGCCACAGAGAAACAUGUGGCUUAGGAGUGCUGACUGUAAGUGGAAGACCGCCCUCCUGGCUCGCUGCGUCUGGUACUGCGAAUGUCUGAUUUCUGUACCCAGAGUGCAUUACACUACUUGCCGCAUCACUGACCCUUCCGGCUCAGCAGGGAAUCCUGAGUUGAUCCAUGUUCACAUCCAUCACACCUCAGACCCAUGACCUCCUAUUCCUCCCCAGGACCCCGGAGAUUCCAGGGGUUCCACUGCCCAUGGCCCUGGGGGUCCCCCACAUGAGCCUCAGCCCUCCUUCUAGGACGGUAGUUGAGCACGGUGCCUUGCGGGCCCAAUGACGGAUGUUUGAGGGUGGAAUGGCAUUAGGCCACAUUCAACUCAAUGCUGUGAAAGAUGGUUUUAGGCUUUUCUUCCUCUGUGAGCGGUUUAGGUUCCACACACUUAGCCUAAAUGCCAAGAGGGUGACCCUUUCCCCUCUCAAGAGGUGGUUUUGUCUGAAUCAGUGCUCAGCGUCCCACCCCACCUCUCAGUGAAUAUAUACUGGUGGUCCAGUAUCCCCUCGGUGCCCACCAUCGCGGGGGGAGCCAUUUGCAAAGGCACAUUCUACCAUCCUGGGGGGCUGACCAAGUCCACCACAUCCCUCCUUAGUAAUAAAACAUUGUUCAACUGCGAGAUACCUCGAUUUCAAAAAGCACUGUACAACAGCCCUCUCCCUACUCCCCGGUCCAUGGCAGUAACGUUGGGGAAGUUAAGUUCAUUAAAAAACUCAAGGCUUAGGAUCAUGGACCAGAACACUGUCCCAGGUGCCAAGCCUGCUCAAUUUGCCUCAUGAGAACUAACCCUCCGCAUCUUGGACACACUGAAAUGUAUCCCAGAGGGUCGUUUCCACGUUCACUGCAGCAAGCCAUGGUCUCAGGAACCACCAUGCCAUUUCCUCUCUCAGAGAAGUUCUGGGCAUUUACUCUAAACAUUUCCAAGGGGUGUUACACCAUCGGAAGAGCCUCUUAUCUGCACUGGACAGUCACCUCGUGUCACGUUCUAUAGUAUAUGGGAGCAUUGACAGGCUAUUUGAUGAGACUUUGGGAGAUCUUCCAGAAGGUGGCUACAGUCUUGCUGAUGGGGGAGAUGCCUACAACCAAAGGCCUCCAACCUUGCUGCCGGGGAGACCUGGCACUCUGAGCCACACAGGAGGGUGGAAGCUGCCUGUGUUGUGUAGCUGGUGGGAGUCAAGCCUCAGAGCCCAUCCUCUCUCUCCUUUUGAGCGGGGAGCUCUGCUGGUCUUGCCUCAUUUUAGGGGCCACUCCGCAAAUCGGCAUUUCACUGUCUUGCAAAGCCAGGACCAAGCCCAAGUAUCAGCAUCCUUCUUGGAACUCGGGGAUGUCUGCCCUCCAGCAUGAAAUUUUGAGGAAGUCUUAUAAAAUCCAGGUAUCCAGUUACACAUGUCACCUCCUGUUCUGUUCCUCCUUUCCACCUCAGUUCGAUCCUUAGGGCUUGGCUUGCUCUGCAGAGAAGGUGUGAGUGCCGCAAGGUUUCUGAAGGCUGUUCCUGUGACUGCCUCGUCCAGAUAACGGGCACAAGGUCGCAGGUAGUCAUUUCUCUCUUCCAGUCUUUCGUCCUUCAGACACUCUUGUUGCCAGUAGGAAGGGCUGUACCAAGGUGUCCCCACUCCGUCUGCUUUCUCACGCAGGCAGCUCGCCUACUGCAGAUCCCCUUGCAGUGAACAGCUUAAUAAAACCCAAAGAUCUCACAGGCCCAGCCACUGGUCCCUCGUCUCCAGCAAUAUCCACCCUAUCCAAAUUCUAGCUCAGCCAAAGGAUUGAGGUCGGCUCUUCCAGCUCAUCUCCUGGCGCCUGCCCUGACAUGGACCUUCAGAAAGGUCUGUCUUCUGCCUCCAAGUUCUGUGGCCACUGACCACUGUGGGACUCUACAGCUCAAGGCAGAGUCUGCCUUGCUGACUUGGACACAGUUUGCCAGAAGUGUGUGAUUCCCAGGACAGAAGGGGCCUUGCUGCUGGCAUGCACGGACCCCAGCGAGGAUGCGGAGAAAACACACAUCCACUCUGCAGGGUUUCCCGCCGCCUCUGAGGCCAGUCAGCUUCGCCACCAAAGCCCAAGCCAAGGACCAUAGCCUCAUGGGCGGUGCCACAGGUGUGGAGUAGCCGAGGGGUCUCUGCUUCACCAAGAGCAGGCGUGCCAUCCCAGUUGUCAUGAAUGGAUGCCUGGACUUGUGCCAACAUGGUUCUUCCCUCUGCCCAGGUCCACCAGCCAGGCCUCCCUCCAGAUGGUAGCUAGAAACCAGGAAACAGAGGGGCCGUCAGAUGAAGCUCCUUGUGGCUACUCUUCAUUUCAGGGUUCACGGCAUAGAAAACCACCUCCUGUGUCUGUGAGCGAGGACACUGCCAUCACCCAGCCUGGCAGCUUCAUGGUUGGCAUCCAGGCUUUGGCUCUUGGCUGGGAAAAGGGUGCUGAGGUUUCCUGGUGAGGAGAGAGCAGUCCAGUGACGCAGUUGAGAAGCUAUACAUCUCCCGAUUUCUGGGAAGGACUCUCUCGGAUGUCAGCUCUGUAGGCUGGUGAGCCUCCUAUCCUUCAGCUUGCUCUUUUCUCUCCUGCACUUUCAAGAAGCACCAGAGAAAAACUCUGCAAGGCAUGUUUUCCACCAUGAAGCUGACCCUCUGCCCUUAGGGGUCACCCAGGCUUGUGCUUGAACUUGGACUAAACUCCCUGGAAAGUGGGCACCUGAAGAGCUGUCGGGGAUGCCGCAGGCACUCUGGGAGGCCACAGCUUCACAGGGAAGGUUUGGAACGAACUUGGGAUGCUGACAAGAGAAGGGAGGUCCUGUGAGGAAUGACCCAGAAGGGGACAGUACUGGGAUGUUGCCAUGACGACGGGUGUGCUGGCAAAGAUGGAGUGAGGAGCAUCCAGGGCACAGCUGGAAGUCUCCUUCUGCCCCCAUGGAGCUGGGGCAAGUUCAUAGCUCUGCCCUUGCCUGGGGAACAGCGGCAGCACCUCUGUGCCUGGGAUGUACCUAGAGGAGGGCUUCUAGAAAGGCUGCUGGCUUAGAUGAAACCAAGAGGCUAAGGAAGGCUCAGGCUGUCCCCUGGAGACAGUAGGUGGGGAGGGGGGCUCCUGUCUGGGCCCUGCCGGCCCUGCCUCGGCCCCCUCUAUCCAGUCGGGAAGGGGCCUGCCCCCUCGUCACUGUGGCUAAUGUUUGCUAGGCCAGUUAUGGUGAACCAAUGAUACAGUGUUUUCCCUCUUGCGUUUCCCCUCCCAGUUCUCCCUUCUCAGGGUUUUCUGGAGGAUCUUGUUGAGUUGUUGUUUUCCUUCCUCCCUCUUUUGGGUUUGAGGAUCGUAGUCCAUGGAGCCCCCUCGUUCUCUAGAGGGGCCCUGUGGUUCUGUGCAAAGAGGCGCCUGCUCCCGCUUUGAUGAGGGUGAAGGGCAUCGGGUUGCUGUUUGUAUAUUCAUGGCCCCACCGCCGCCACCACCAUGGGCGUUGCUUUAAAGAUUCGACUCCGGUACCGAGAAGGAUGUGCUAGGUCUGCAGUUCGGUGUCUGCAUCAGGACCCACCGGGGGCUUCCCCACCCACACGUCCCACCGGGCACCUUCGUCUCUUUGAACCAAAGUUCCUUUUAGGGGCACAGCCCAGCCUUGUCCGCAACCUCAGGGGCCUGGGAUCCCUGUGGCGCUUCCUGAAGUCCAGGUUGGCAGAGACCAUGGAGUCUGAGGCCAACCGGAAGGGGGGCUACUCCCACAACCCAGGUGCCAGCCAGUCCCCGCCUAGGACCCUUCCCUCUCACCCAAACAGGGUCCCAGACGGGGUAGCCGGGUUCCAAAGCAGUGAGUGAGCUCGUGGACUGGCACAGGGCUGGAACUCGCCAGCCAGGAGACAGAGGGCCCCACAGGGCUGGAACCUCCCAGACCCACUGGGCAGUAUGUCCAGGGCCAUUCAGACUCCAAGCAUCAGGAGGUCAUUUUGUACAACCACCUGAAGCAGAGAGAUUUUUUAAAGAGCAUAAAUUAUUUUCGGUUGUUCUCUGAUGACCCUACCUUCCUCCCCCCCAUAACUUCAUGUCAGUGAUUCUUUCACAUCAGGUAAAUCUUAUGAAAGCCUUGGUGCCCCCUCCCUCCCAGGCCCCACUCAGUAACCACGUGUGCGCACCCCCAUCCUUUCUCAGUAGUUAAAGACGUUCUAGGCAAUACCAUGGGCACAUCUGACUGUGUCUCUCUCUUCGAGUGCAAGAAACUCAAGUCAUCUUAAAAAAAUACAAAAAAAAAAAUUUACAAAAAAAAAGAAACACACAAAAAAAUAUCUUUUUUAGGCCAGAGUUUUCUACAGGUAUUAAUGAAUAUUUUUCUUAAUCCUUAUAAGUUUUAUGUGUUUAAUAUUUCUUAAUACCGGUAGCAUUAAUUUAUACUUUUGUAGCAACACAAUAUUUUUAUAAGCAGCCAGUGCUUGGCUCAAGUCUCCACAAGGGGUUUGUGCAGGGUUUUCUUGGGACCCUGUGUACCAUGUACUGUAUUAAAAAAAAAAAAGUUACCUAGUGUCACCCUUGCUGUGUUAAUUAACAAAAGACGUUGUUUGCAGUCUCCUGUGUCGUCGAUGUGAAUCCAGCAGCUCUACAAGGAGUGACGUUGCAUGGGGGUUGAGUUGAUGGUUCUUGUGAUUUGUAAACCCCCGAGACCAAACUUGAGGGUUUAUUUAGGGUUUUCUGUUUGUCCUCUGGGUUUUCGGUUUCCUUUUGGUUUGGGUACCGUUUCUCCAUUUAUAGCCAAAUCAGUUUUGUGGUGUUUAAAACUUUUACUGAUGUCAAAUGGAGGAAAGGAACAGAAAAAAAAAAAUUUUUUUUACAAAGUAAUAAAAUUUAAAACUGAGCUGUUUAAAUGUUGCUGUUUUUACCUGUCUGUUCUUGUCCGAAAGUGGAACAUUCCCAGGGUGAAGAGGAAGGGUCCACUUGGUUCCUUAAAUCGCCAAAAGCCCCAGCCCAGAAUUCAACACCCCCUACCCUCCUCCCCUGAAUUCUUGCAACAUUAUUUCCCGGUUGGUUGAUGCCAAGGCAAAAAGACAUCCUUUUAAUGGUUAGAGAGAAUCAGUUGCUUAAAUAAAUGAUUUCAUGUCAGUGUUGUAUUUAUGGUUUUACAAUAAAACGACCUUUAGGAAGA